AUGCCUGCUCCCGGCGACCAGCACAACACAAUCGUCAAUCCCUUCGAGGAGGCAAAGCCGCGGAUGUCUGAGUUCACAGCCCAGGAGAUUGCUACCUUGCAGAGCCGGCUCGAGAAGCAGCUCGGACCGGAGUACCUCUCAGCUCGAACGGGACCCUCUGGCCAGAAAGUACACUACAUUGCGGCAGAGAAAUGCAUCGCGCUGGCAAACGAGGUGUUCGGCUUCAACGGGUGGUCCUCGUCCAUCCAGAACAUCCAGGUGGACUUUGUGGACGAGAACCCGCAGACGCUCAAGAUCAGCCUGGGCCUGUCGGUGAUUGUGCGGGUGACGCUGCGGGACGGCACGUUCCACGAGGACAUCGGGUACGGGCACAUUGAGAACUGCAAGGGCAAGGCGGCGGCGUUCGAGAAGGCCAAGAAGGAGGGCACGACGGACGCGCUGAAGCGCGCGCUGCGCAACUUCGGCAACGUCCUCGGCAACUGCAUCUACGACAAGGCGUACCUGCAGAAGGUCACCAAGAUGAAGGUCGAGCCGUCCAAGUUCCACGAGAGCGAGCUGCACAGGCAUGCGGACUUUGUCAAGAAGGAGGUCAAAGAGGAGGUUGUCAAGGUGGAUUCGUCUACGUCAGCGGCUACAUCCAUGACGGUUGUGUCUGGCGAGGACUCUUUUGAGGACUUGCUAGGAGAAUUCGACGAGGUCGACUUCUGCGUCACAGAAGAUGGUCAUCCUGACGAAUUUCUCCUCCCAGCUGCCAAUGACAAGGCCCAACAGACUAAUCCCCAGAAUGCCCAAGCUAACGGCCAGAGUGGCACUGCUGGAGGUGAGACGACUGGCUUCUUCUCCGCUCGAGCAGUCAGCAUACUAUCCAGCCAGAAACCAGACGCGGAGCCGGCGCUACCGCAGGCACCGCAGGUGGGACAGGUGUUCAAUCCGCAUGCCGAGAGCCCUUCGAUCCGUAAGACUCCCGGAAUCGACCACACGACGUCCAAGCCUCUCGCGCGAACGGGACAGCAUGUUGCACCUGCCAAACCGUCGGAGACGGGUAGCAAUGGCACGUCUGGACCUCCAGUGCCAGCCAAUGCUGCGGCAGCCAAAGGCCUGAGUCCUGCUGUUCCACCCGUGAGAGGCAACGUUCUUAACCCGUCACUGGAUCACGCUAGACGUAUCGGCGCCCCAGGCGGCCCUGGAAGCCCCCUAGCAAACAGAGGCCAGUAUCGUCCACCGACCAUAAAGAGACCCCUCGAUACUGCCAAUGCGACAGGCAGACCAGCGCUCGCAGAGGUACCAACGAAUGGCCCAGUUGGAGCUGGUGGAAAUGUAGUUGCUGGUGAUGUGAAGAGACAGAAGAUGGCCUGA